AUGACUUUUCAUCGUGCUGAGAAACAACGAUUCAAAAAAUUUUCAAUCUUUAAUAAAAAAUCUAUCGUUCCCGCCGAAGUUACCAUGCCACAGACAAUUUCUUAUCUUUCGUUAUUACAAGGCCCACAAUUUUUUCCGGCCACAAAACCGAUCAUCAUCGUCAAAGAUUCUCCAGCAAAAGUGAACGCGAAAGUGAACGCAAAAGUGAACGUGAAAGUGAACGCAAAAGUGAACACAAAAGUGAACACAAAAGUGAAUGUAAAAGAGAAUGAAUCACCUAGUCAACACCAAAAAAAACAGAUUCCCACAAAAAUAUUUCACAAGGCCUUAAAAAAAAUUACUAAAGUUUUUAAGCCGACAAAAUUAGAGCCCGAUUCCAAUUCCUUUCCUACUUGCCAAGCAAAGACUCAUGUCAAGGCAGAAACGAAGCCGAAUCAUAGAAGAUUCGGAAUUUAUGUUUCACCAGAGUGCGGUAACAAAUUUGUACCUACCAGAUUCGAACUCUCUAAAAAUAGACAAAGAGCAUGCAUAGACGAUAAUGAGAAUCCAUAUUUGCCGACCCCUAAAGCUUUACCUGGUACCAUUUAUGAAUUUCCAAUAUCAGAAUUAAAAUUACUAAAGUUCAGAAUUAAUUACUAUUGGGAAUCGCUAUCCGCGUCACACAAUAUGAUAGUUCCAGAUGGAAUAACAUUAAAGAGUUUCUUGAGAUAUUGCCAACAAGAAGUCGAAUUUAAGAUUCCUGAUGAUUGUAUCGCAUUGGCACAUACUGAAAAUUUUAAAGCUAAAGAUAGAAACUCUGUACUCAUUGAAAAAGAAUGUACGGAAGAAAAAAUUGACUAUAAAAAGAAAGCAACGGAGCUAAAGAAUUUAUUUGAAAGAGAUGCUUUGAAAGUUAUAAACUGUGAAGAUGUUUGGAAAAUAAUAAUGAAAGGAUGGAAUAAUCGGCAAGAUAAUAAACAAGAUAAUACUAUAGAAGUUACACUGUUUUCGGCAGAAAUGUUGUAA